CGAAUUGCUCUCGCCGCGGACUCUGUACUGCUCUCUUGCACAGCUCCGCACCUCCUCGACGCGAACCCUGCCAUGCUGCACCUCGUCGUCGCUGCCAGCUCCACCUUCCUUGCCGUUGGCGGCUCUCACCACACCGUCCCGCGUGCGGCGGCACGGAUGCAGUUCAGCAUGCCCAAGCUGCCCAACCCGUUUGGCGGCAACGAGGAUGAGCAGUCACCCUCCGCUCCGCCAACGGUCGGAGGCUUCGUGGCGCCACCUCGCGCCGAGCGGCCAGAGUUCAAGCUCGAGCUGCCCGCGCUCCCAAGCCCGUUUGCCCAGGAGCUCAAACUCUCGCCGCUCGACGUGCGCUUCACAGACGUGGACGGCGACGUCGUGACGCUCCGGCCCAACGGCGGCAGCGCGGUCGACUUUUACGUCGGGAACGACCUGCGGCUCGAGAAGGCGCGCAUGGUCGAGAAUGGCGGCACGCUGGAGAUCACCGGCAAGGUGAAGAAGAGCACGCCGCUCAGCAUGAUUGGCUUCAACCUCGAGGAGAUCACGACCGAGGGCGUCACCCCGCGAGACCCGGCCGACGUGGAGCGAGCGAUGGCCCUGGUGCCGUACUGAGGGGUGGCGGCUAGGCGGCGGCGGCGGCGCAGGCUCUCGUUCACUCCUCCGCUCUCGUGCCUGUGGAAUGCUACAGAGAGACGGGUAGAGAUAGCAGGCCCCCGCAGGCACUCUCUCACACACACCCGCUCGCGACGCCGAUUCGCGCGAUCUUAGCAUCCACCGACCAACGUUCGCACAUGAACUGUGCCACGUUCUGAAUCUGAUCCAUGCCAUGACAGUCGACGUCGUCUAGCUCGACGUAUAGACAGGGUUGGCUCUCUAGCCCGUACACCGUGACCCAGCGCUCAGCGGUACCAGCGGUACACUCAGUAGAGCGGAUGCAGCGCGCUCUCCGCGCACCGCGGCGCGGGCUGCCUCGCGGGGCCUCACCCACUUUUUCAUACCGUGAAUGAAAACUGUGUCUAGAUACU